GCGCUCGGCUGCCCGGCCCUGCCUGCCGUUCGGCGCUCGGUCCCGCGCUCUGCGCACGCUCCUCCCGGCAGCGCCCGGUGGCUCCGGUAGCGCCGCGCGGAGCCGGCCCCGGCCCCGCUCCCGGGAGCCCCCCCGGCCCGGCCCGGCUCCGCUCCCGGCACCUCCGGGAGACCCUCCGGGAGACCCUCCGGGAGACCCUCCGGGCACGUCCGGCCCGGCCUCCCCCCUCUCCGGGUUCUCCCCGGUUCUCCCGGUCCUUAGGUCGCCCCGCCGGUGCCGGUACCCAUGGAGUCGCAGUGCGAUUACUUCAUGUAUUUCCCGGCGGUGCCUUUCGCGGCCCGGGAGCUGCUGUCGGGGGAACCGGGCCGGUACCGGGCUCUGCCCCGCCGUAACCACCUCUACCUGGGCGAGACCGUGAGGUUCCUCCUGGUGCUCCGCUGCCGUCCCGGUAGCGGCGGCGGCACCGGGCCGGGCCGGCCGCCUUGGGCCGAGCUGGCCGCCUCGCUGGCCGCUUUGGCCAGCGUCAGCCCAGGCGCCACAGAGACCGGCGGGGACCGGGACGGCGACGGAGAGGCGGACGCCACCGGCGACGGCACCGGGAGCGGGGCCUCGCCGGAACCCACCGUCUUCCGGGACUGCCGGGCCCUGCUGACGCACAGCCAGGGCCCCCCGGGCCGCCCCGCCGCCGGGAUACCGGUGGAGGAUCCCAUCGUGUCCACGGACGAGGUCAUCUUCCCCCUCACCAUCUCCCUGGACAAGCUGCCGCCCGGCACCGUCAAGGCCAAGAUCGUGGUGACGGUGUGGAAAAGGGACACGGAGCCCCCCGAGCUGCAGGAGGGCGGCGGGUACCUGAACCUGCUGCAGAGCCGGGCGCCCGCCCACGUCUUCCGCCAGGAGCAGGGGGCCUUCAAGGCGCAGGUGAGCACCCUGCUGACGGUGCUGCCCCCGCCCGUGGUGCGAUGCCGCCAGCUCACCGUCUCCGGGAAGUACCUCACCGUGCUCAAAGUGCUCAACGGCUGGUCGCAGGAGGAGAUCUCGCUGUGGGACGUGCGGAUCCUGCCCAACUUCAACGCCAGUUACUUGCCCGUCAUGCCCGACGGCUCCGUGCUGCUGGUCGAUGACGUCUGCCACCACUCGGGCGAGGUGCCGGUGGGCGCCUUCUGCCGCGUGGCCGGGGCCGGCUCGGCUUCUCCCUGCGCCCUCAGCGCCCUCGAGGAGCACAACUUCCUCUUCCAGCUCCAGGCGCCCGAGAGGCCCCCCGAGGACGCCAAGGAGGGCUUGGAGGUCCCGCUGGUGGCCGUGAUCCAGUGGUCGACGCCGAAACUGCCCUUCACCAGCAGCAUCUACACGCACUACAGGCUGCCGAGCAUCCGCCUGGAGCGGCCGCGCUUCGUCAUGACGGCCGCCUGCGAGUCGCCGGUGCGGGCCCGGCAGCGCUUCACCGUCACCUACACGCUGCUCAACGACCUCCAGGACUUUCUGGCCGUCCGCCUCGUCUGGACCCCCGAGACCGCCACGGCCGGGAAGAAGCUCUCCGGGGAGGAACGCCGCGCCACGCAGGCGGCCCUGGACGCCAUCGUCUGCCACACGCCGCUCAACAACCUGGGCUACUCCCGCAAGGGCAGCGCCCUCACCAUCCGCGUGGCCUUCCAGGCGCUGCGGGCCGGCCUCUUCGAGCUGUCCCAGCACAUGAAGCUGAAGCUGCAGUUCACGGCCAGCGUGGCCAACCCCCCCCCCGAGGCUCGGCCCGUCUCGCGCAAGAGUAGCCCCAGUAGCCCGGCCGUCAGGGACCUGGUGGAGCGGCACCAGGCGGGGCUGGGCCGGUCCCAGUCCUUCUCCCACCAGCAGCCGUCCCGCAGCCACCUCAUGAGGUCGGGCAGCGUGAUGGAGCGCCGGGCCAUCACCCCCCCGGUGGGGUCCCCCGUGGGGCGUCCCCUCUACCUGCCCCCCGAGAAGACGGUGCUGUCCCUGGACAAGAUCGCCAAGCGGGAGUGCAAGGUGCUGGUCGUGGAGCCCGUCAAGUGACGGGGACACGCAAACCCCCUCCCCCGCACCGCGCCCGGGGGGGGGGGGGGGGCAAGCUUUUGGGGGGGUGGGGAGGGGGGGAGGACGUGUCCCCGCACCCCCCCUGGGUUGGGGGGGGGGGGGGGGGAGGUGGGGAUGAACCUGCUGCUUCACCGGGACCCGACUGGAACGUGCCGUGGCGGGGGGGGGACGCGCACACACACCCCCCCCAUGGGGACAGGGCUCCGUCCCCAGCCUCGGGGGGGGGACACACACACACACGCGACGUCCCGUGGCUGGUCCCAGCGCUGUUGACACCCCCCCCCGCCCCCCCCCGGUGCCUCCGGUUUGGCUGCUCGAGGCGCCGGGGGGGGGGUCACAAAGGACCAGGACGCGGGGACACGAUGUUGGGGGGGGGGACACACAACACACACGCUCUGGGACCCGUCCCCAGGGGGUCGAGCCCACGGCCAACCCCCCCCCCCGCCCUCCGUCGCCCCCACCCCCCCCUCGCCCCCCCCCACACUGGGGACGGGGACGACUCCGU